AUGAGUGAAAACUCUUCAUCGUUGGAUUUGAAUAAACUAUGGGUCGAAUACAAAAACCGCGAUGGCCGUAUCUAUUAUUAUAAUGCGAAAACUCGCCAGUCGACAUGGACGAAGCCAGAAGGGCAACGAGUUAUGUCGCAAGAUGAACUCGAUCAAUUACUGGCAAAUCAAACAGAAACUUCAACGAAAAUUGCAUCGCCUUCGGAAGAAACAGAUAUAAGUGAUAAACCAUCAACAGCAAUCGAAGAAAUGAAAUUACAGCCAGCUGAGCAACCGCCAAGUAAUUUCAACCCAUAUGCAUAUCCACCGCCUUCACUAGGAAUGCCAUUCGGAGCACUUCCACCACAUCUAUUGCCACAUAUGGCUCAAAUGAUGCAAAAUGGUUUUCCGAGUUUCAGUUCGAUUCCACCACCAGCACAUUUACUAAGGUUUAUGAUGCCACCAUUUCUGAAUCCACAGGCAGCAGCAACCGGUAAAAACCUAGAAACACUUCAGACAGAACUACGCAAAUUACGCGUCAAAUUGAAAGAAGUAGAAGAGAAGAUGGAGAAAAUCAAUAAUGAAGCAUCCGUUUGGUCAGAAUUCAAGAAUGCCGAAGGGCGAGCUUAUUUUUAUAAUACAAAAACAACCGAGUCAACAUGGGAUAAACCGAUUGUUCUCAAUGAUGUGAUUGAUUUCCAAAAUCAACUUGAACAUAUUAACAAAACCAUUCAUGAGUCAGAAAAAGAAGUUAAACGACUUGAAAGUGAACAAAGUCAGGUGUCAAACGCAGCACUGACGACGAGUACCAGUGAUAAAUCACAACAACCACAAGCAGCUCCAAUACCUACAUUUCUAAAUGGUUUCACAUUAGAAAAAUUGGAUAACAAUGAAGCACGACGUUUCGGUGAAUCACCAUUACUGGUAGAUCGCAAUCAAUUAGAUGAUAAAUCCAAAGGCAAAUCCAGACCGAGUGCAACGAAACCGAUUCCUGGUACUCCAUGGUGUAUCGUAUGGACAACCGAUCAACAAGUCUUUUUCUUCAAUCCAACUUCGCGCACAUCAUUGUGGGAUCGACCGGAAGAACUGAAAGGCCGAAUGGACGUCGAUGAAAUGAUUCGCGCAGCCUUGUCUCAGCAGGAGUCAGCUGAAAGCACUCGUACAGCAACAUCAACCAAGCAAAAAUUAGAUUCGAUUUCCGAUGACACCGAACAUGAAGCCAAGAAAAUUAAAUCAGACACAAUCCCUACACUGAACACUUCAAGUAGUAAUGAAACCAUCAAUAAUGAAGAUGCCGAAGCUAAAGCAACUAAAUUACGCGAAUCACUUUCAUCCGAAGCACGCAUUAAACAAUUUCGCGAAAUGCUCGCUGAAAAACAAGUCAGUGCAUUUGCGACAUGGGAACAGGAACUGAACAAGAUCAGUUCCGAUCCACGGUAUCUAUUAUUGACAGCGAAAGAGCGCAAACAAGAAUACGAUCGUUACACACAUGAACGUGCUAAUGAAGAACGACGAGAAAUCGAAGCGAAAUUGAAAUUAAAAAAGCAACAGUUCCGUGAUCUACUAAAAGAAUCGAAUGUUUCAACUAAAACAACGUUUACUGAAUUCUCAUCGAAGCACAGUAAAGAUGAACGAUUUCGUGCAAUCGAAAAAAUCCGUGAUCGAGAAGCGUAUUUUCAUGAGUAUGUCCAAGAACUAAAAGUUCAAGAAAAAGAAGGUUCGCAUCGACCAAACGACAAAGAAAAAUUAAAAAAAGACUAUUUCGCUUUAUUGAAAGAAUCCAAUGUAAAUCGAAAUUCCGACUGGUCUGAUAUCAAACACUCGUGUGAUCAUGAUCUACGUUACAAAGCUGUUCAUUCCAGUUCUCGACGUGAAGAUUGGUUUCGUGAAUAUCAAUCCAAACACCUCGAUGAAACGAAUCCGGCACCCACUGAAACAACCGAAGAAGAUCUCGAACGACAACGUGAAAAAGAAAGACAAGAACGUAUUGAUGCCAGCAUAAAAAAACGUGCUGAAGAAGUGAAAGAGCAGUUAUCAGGUGUUCAUCGCGAAUUAGACAAAGAACGUGAACAACUGAAGAAGGACAAAGCGACGGAAAAUUUCAAAGCUCUAUUAACUGAUAUGGUUCGCACAGCAGAUGCUGAAUGGAAAGAAACGAAGAAAACUUUACGAAAAGAUCCGCGAUGGGAGCAGGAUCUCGAUCGAGAUGAGAAAGAGCAGCUUUUCCAAGAACAUGUGAAUGCAUUGGUAAAUAAACGAACAUUAGCAUUUCAUACACUGCUAAGUGAACAUUGUACAUUGACAUCCACAUGGAAAGAAGUGAAGAAAGUCAUCAAAUCCGAUCCACGGUAUGAAAAAAUCGUCUCCAAUGAACGAAAACGUGAUUUAGAAAAGGAAUUCGAAGAAUAUAUCAAGAAAAAAUAUCAUGAAGCCAAACAAGAAUUUCAAGAAUUAUUGAAAGAAACGAAAAUAAUCACUUACAAAUCAUAUCAAAUAAUUCGAGAAUCAGAAGAACAAAAUCAUCUACGUGAUAUCGAAAAGAUUCUCCAGAAAGAUCAGCGAUACUUUCUGUUAGACUCCGAGCCCGAAGAACGCUCGAGAAUUCUGAUGAAUUACAUUCGUGAACUUGAUAAACGCGGCACACCACCUCCGCCAACAGCGACAGUCGAUCGACGUAAACUUUGA